CCUUCAAAAUGGAGUUAUGUGAUGCCACAUUCUCCCAUUGAAAUCGGAGUACGCGACUAUACGCACAUGCCUUGCUAAUAUGGGCCGCUGCACUGUGCUAUGGGAGAGACAUAAUGCACGGUUUUGUGGCGUAUAAGCAGUUUUUGUUACUGGCAAAGGCAUCCAGGAGUGUUGACUGGCUCAGUUUGGGGUACCUAUGACAACACAAGUGGUGCAAAGCUUUGUGGACAAGUGACAAGUGAACAAAGGCCCUGUCGAAGGAAGUACGGCAUGGGAACCUUACGCAACGGAGUUCCUAACUUCUGAAAGCGGCUGGGAGCUCAGUUUAGACAAGCGACGGUGGAAGUGUGUUGUUCUGAGGGUUUCCUUCCUUUGCACACCCCGUGAAUAUGCAUAAAACGGAGUUUUUAGUUCCGGAUACUCGACAUCCGACUCGCUCGAGGUCAGUUUAUCCUGCUGUAGUUCAGCAACUAGUGCCCGCCCUGCUGUCUUCUUCCCCGCGCGGCUCUGGCUCGUCCAAGUUCCCGCGCUUCAUCGUCUCCGAGAGAAAGAAGAUGUUCGAACCAGGAGGAGGUGGAGGGGGGAAGGUGGGAGAGAGAGAGUCUCUCAUACCGACACCUUCCUCGUCAGGAGGGUCGGAGCACACCGACUUCUCGGAGAAGUUUUCCGGGAAGAGACGCCAUUCGGCGAAAGACCGUUUCUCGACGCGCGGUUCCUCGUUCCGUGCGAAGAAGUUGAGACCGGAGGCCAGCACGGGAGACGUCGGCAGCCAUGGCUCCCCGCAGACCCGCCACAAGCAGCAGGCCAGCGUCUCGUCCAUCGUUCUACCUCCCCUGUGGCAGCGGCUUCGAAACUUCGGUCACCACGACUUGCGGAGCGCCACACUGGAACGCUACACGACAGGUAAAGGCGGUUCGGGAGGCGACCGUCAAACAAGAAAGAAGCCAACGGGUGCCUCGGCGGCGCACCUGAACGCGGCGGGCGGAGAAGCCGCUCUGGAAACGUUGCAAAACGACCUCCUCGCCGUCUGCCCGGCGUUCAGAAACGAAAUAGGAGGAGACGCUGACUGGACGUGUGCCCACCCCCACAACAACGAGGGAGCUAACCUACUCAUCUCCCUGAGACGCAAUCUGAGCCACGACAAGCAGAUGAGAGUCUGCAGCCGGGCAAAGAUGAUUCUAGAAGGUUCCGUCCCCUCAAGAGACCCUGCCAUAAUGGGCUCAAAGGGGCAGAGUAUGCAUAGACAGGUGCUCCAGAUUCAACAGGCACAAAGCAGUGUUCACUUUCCGUUUGAAUUCAUUGACUACGGCUCACUUUACUACCGGAAUAACUUUUAUCAGCAAGAUCACCAGAAUUUCUUUGGCGUGGACGAGACAAACGGCCCUCUGGCCAUCUCUCUGAAGAGAGAGAAAGUUCCGGAAGAUUUUUCAGAGUUCUUUGAUAUCUCCACGACAGGACCCCAGGCCACGCCCCCCAAACACCAGUAUAGGGUUAUCAUUAGAUCCUCCGAGCUUGAGGCCCUGAGAGGGACGAUUCUCGAAGAUUCCAUUCCGAGCGGAACCAAGACCGGGACGAGCAAGGGGCUUCCCCCUCGUGAGGUCAUCGAUUACAUCAGUCAGGGGGAAUUCCACGUCACGUGUUUGAAAGUCGGCAAACAGGAGAAGAAGGUGUGUCAGGAGUUAAUGCGACUCGACGAACAGGAACUCAACAACAGAUACAAGGUCGGCGUCCUGUACUGCAAAUCGGGACAGACAAACGAAGAGGAAAUGUACAACAACGAGAGUGGAAGUCCAGCUCUGGAGGAGUUUCUGCAGACGUUAGGCCAAAGGGUGACGAUGAAAGGAUUCACAAAGUAUCGAGCCCAGCUGGACAACAAGACGGAUACCACGGGAACACACAGCGUAUACACAGAGUAUCAGGGGAGCCGGGCUGCACUCCGUUCUCACCCUAAAGGCAUCCGCUCCCACUUCCAACACAUCUUCGUCGUCGUCAGAGUCGAGAAUCCCGGCACCGAUUACACCAAAUACCGUGUCGCAGUCACCAGAAGUCAGGAUGUCCCAUACUUCGGUCCCCCAAUUCCCGAGGGUGGGCUCUUCGACAAGAACGAACAUUUCCGGGAAUUUUUCCUCACGAAACAACUCGUCGAGCAGUACCUGUUGGACCUGUGUGAGAACAGUUGUACCAGUAUCACCAUUGACCAGGCCAACACCUCCGGUCUUGUAGGCUUGCUGUCCAAGAACUGGGGAGGGAAGAGGAAGGAGAAGCCGCACCUCCAGGCAUCGCUGGUCUUCACUCCAGGCGCUCUGGUCUGGAACGUGGCCAUCGUCACCAGGGAGGGAAAGCCUCUCCCAUUCUCGGAGGAGCACGACACGGCGAUGGAGUGCAUGUUGGUACUAGCUGCGGACCUCAUGGCCUUCGUCUACACCAACACUAGAGAGAAUGUUCUCCACAUACCUACCAAGGACGUCUCCGGAUGGGUCCAGGACGGGAAGAGAAUAAACCUGUUCUACGACGGAACAUACUGCCUAAGUAUUGAGGUAUACGAUCAAGACGACGCCAGGGAAAUUACUUCCCGUUUACUGACCCUUGCACCCUGCGUCACCGCAUCACACGAGGCCACGUUGAUGGAGUUCCAGCGAACGCAGGGGGUGCUGCUGGGAUUCAGUAUCAACGAAGUUUGCGAAGUUUUGAGGGUUUCUGGACAAGCCAAGCAGAUUGGACUCCAGAUUAAAGCAAGGAUACUGCAAGUUGAGGAUAAACUGGUAUGCAACCACAAGCAUUCUCAGAUCAUCGACAUAUUGACCGACAGGAAGAAAACCAACAUGAAGGCCUUCGUCAUUCCUCCUGUUCCACAGACUCAGAGACUCUGCUGUAACUACCCGCCAGUCAACUGGGCAGAGGUUUGUGGUCAAACCGUCCCACGCCACAUGAAAGGAGAGUUCCGACGACCAGACAACUGACGUCGUCGUCACAGAACGGAACGGAGCCGAUGGAGGAAACGGAAACCUCUCCGUCAGUACGGCAUGAGGAGGGGGGAGGAGGAGGGGGAGGAGGUGUGGGUGUUGAGAGAUCGUGGAAAAGAAGAGCAGCUACGUACAUGGCUCCAGACCACAGAGGUCCUCCUACCACGAGGCUGUUAUCACAAAUAAGAUCAGCCACAAGACGAGAUGCCGUUUUGAUGUGACGAACCGAUUAUGACCGACUCCGCAUUAACGAGGGGAGGCGGACGCGACCAACAUUGCCAGCCCACAGACACUGAGGCGCACGCAGCCCGAAACUCGGACGAGGGGACAGACAGUGGGUUCACGAGGGUUCGCCGGCCAGGGAGGAGGAAGAGAACAUGCUUGCCGCCAGCAGAUUGCCGGAGAAUAUUCGCGGGGGCUAAUUGAGAGAGCCUCUGUCAGCUUGCUGACCAUCUUUCCUGAACCCCUGGAAUACAGAUUGGACGACUAUACCUCCAACGUUCACCACACACGUCUCAUCUUCAAACUUUCUACGACUAUAAGCCUCACACACAUCCGCCCCUCUCUACCUCCCUCAAGAGAAGGUUUAUUAGAACUGAGCUCUCAGUGGUAGAGCCCUCUACUAAAACACAGAGUGAUUGACCUUGCUCUGUAU